AAGGUGGCUGCUGCUGGGAGCGGAAGCGGCGGGCGAAGAUGGCUUCGGCGGCGCUCGCCAAGGCCCUGGAGCCUUUCGAUUUUGGCAAUAUAGCUGAUACCAUUAGAUCAGUACCACAAGACCUAUUUGCAGAGCUAUGUGAGCAAAUUAUUCAGCAUCUUUGUGGUAAGAUCCCAGGUGUGAAUACAGUAGAAUUAUGUCAGAGAUUUAGAACGACUGGGAUUGAAUUGAAUGUUGGUGACUUGGCAAAGGUAGUUAAUGUUGUUUCCUUUUUAUUAAGCACAGCUGCCAAAAACAAUGUCUCUGCAGAAGAACUCUCUGCCAGCCUGAGCAGUACAGUCAGUGUGCUGCCAAAACAUGCAAUUCAGGUCAUUCGCCACAUAUGGAAUGAGCAGGGUAAUUCUAUCAGUGUGUCAGAGGAAGCUAGAAAUAUGGCAACAGUGGGGCAGCUUAUAGAUAUUCAAUGGAAAUUGGGAAUGGCAGUGAGCUCUGACAGCUGCAGGUCUCUUAAAUACCCUUAUGUUACAAUGACACUAAAAGUGGCAGAGCCUUCUGGCCAGAUAACAAGCAAGUCUUUUGAAAUGACAAUGCCACAGUUCCAGAAUUUUUUCAGGCAGUUCAAAGAAAUGGCAGCUGUUCUUGAGACAGUUUGAACUAAUACUGUUUAAAUACUUAGACUUCAAACAUGCUUUACCUGAUCUAAAUAAGCCUUUCUAUCCUGCACAAGGAAUAAAAUGUCCAUAUGUAAAUGAGGUAUGUAUUCUUAUGGUCUCAUCAAAUAAUACCUUCUGAUACUAUCUUUAAAGAGAGAAUACUCUCAAAGUUGCUUCACUUUCAGACAUUUUGGAGAAAAACUAGCAGGAGCUAGCUCUUGCAGGGAUACAGUCUGUAUAAAGCAAACUCUGUUAAUUUUGGCAGAAGAUCAUUCUGCACAGCUAGACAUGUAAUGGCUCAGGUUUUUCCUACAAUUCAACAGCGGAAGCUACGCAUAUAACUAUAAUGUGGCAACACCCAUGAAAAUGUUAACUUUGCAGAGAUUACUGCUAGAAGUGUAAACCUCAGGUCUACAAUUUUUCUGUUUUAAAACUGUCAUGAUGCAUUUGGCAUGCACAUAGUAUCAAUUCUGCUGUUAGCUAUGUUGAAUACAUACAAUCAAAUACAGCAAGCAUAUUGUUAACCCUAAAGAACAAUUUUGUCACUUAAUUAAUCUUCCAAAUGUGUUCACAGCUGGUUCACACUCCCUUUCACUAACUGUUGGAGGACAUUUUGAAAACGUAUCAAUAAAACUAUUAAUAUUAUUUCUGCAUUAAACAUAUAUCAGAUA